AUGGCAAAUAAGAAAAUUGGAACACAUAAUGGAACAUUUCAUGCAGAUGAAUGCCUUGCUGUCUAUAUGUUAAGACUUCUUCCAGAGUUUAAAAAUUCUGAGAUUAUAAGAUCUCGAGAUCCAGAAGUACUUGAAACAUGUGAUAUUAUUGUGGAUGUUCAAGGAAAAUAUGAUGGAAUAAAAUAUUUUGAUCAUCAUCAAAAAUAUUUUAAUGAAACAUUUUCAGAAAAUUUUAAAACCAAACUUAGCAGUUGUGGAUUAAUUUUUAAACAUUUUGGAAAGCGUAUAAUUUCAGAAAGACUAACUUUAGAUAUAAAUCAUCCACAUGUUGAUAUUCUUUAUGUUAAAUUAUACGAGUCUUUUUUAGAAGCACUUGAUGCUAAUGAUAAUGGGAUUAGUCCAUAUCCACAAAAUAUAAGGCCCUUAUUUAAAACACAACUCGAACUAUCUUCUUUAGUUGCAAAUUUUAAUCCAAGAUGGAAUCAGCCUUCAGACGAUACUGUUUUAUUUAAUUUAUUCUUAAAAGCAAGUGAUUUUAUUGGAUCAAUCUUCCUAGAUCAGUUGGAUUAUUAUGGAAGAGCAUGGAUUGUAGCUCGAGAGUUAAUCCUUGAGGCUUUUAAAAAGCGAUUUAAAUAUGAUUCUGAAGGAAGAAUUGUUGUUUUUGAUGAGUUUUUGCCUUGGAAGUCACAUUUGGCUCAAAUUGAACAUGAAUUUAACGCAAACGGUCAAAUUCUUUAUGCAUUAUAUACAGAUGGAAAAGAUUGGAGAGUACACGCGGUCCCUGUAACACCCGAUAGUUUUACAAGUAGAAAAAAUUUACCUGAAAAAUGGAGAGGACUAAGAGACAAAAUACUAAGCUUGGAAUGUAAUAUAGAAGAUUGCAUUUUUGUACAUGCAAGUGGAUUUAUCGGAGGAAAUAAAACAAAGGAAGGAGCACUUCAAAUGGCAAAAAAAGCCCUUAUUCUUUAA